AUGCCUCACUUUUCAAAAGCUGCUGUCCGCGCUCUUGCGGCAGCUGCAAAUGCGGCUUCUUUGUCCGAUGUCUGCACCAUCGAAAACGUCCAGAAUUCUCUGCCCGCUAAUGGUACCCUGCUUGGUAUUGACCUGUUGCCUUCGACAGUCACCGCCGCGGCAGUUUACAACGCCACCACGGGUGGCGGCGGCAUGGGUGGCCCCAGCACUGGUAGUUCUGAGACCUACACGUACUGCAAUGUAACAGUCCACUACACCCACACUGGCAAGGGUGAUACUGUCGUUCUCAAGUACGCUUUUCCAAGCCCUAGCGAUUUCAAGAACCGAUUUUAUGUUGCCGGAGGCGGUGGCUUCUCCCUUUCCAGCGACGCUACCGGCGGCCUGUCCUACGGGGCUGCCAGCGGUGCUACUGAUGCAGGCUACGAUGCAUUCAACAACAGUUACGACGAGAAGGUCCUUUACGGAAAUGGUUCUAUCAACUGGGAUGCGACCCAUAUGUUUGGAUACCAGGCUCUGGGUGAGAUGACCCAGGUCGGCAAGGUUCUUACCAAGGGUUUCUACAGCCUUGCCAACGACCAAAAAGUCUACACCUACUUCGAAGGCUGUUCUGACGGCGGACGUGAGGGCAUGAGUCAAGUUCAGCGCUGGGGCGAAGAAUACGACGGUGUUGUUGCUGGUGCCCCAGCCUUCCGCUUUGCACAGCAGCAGGUACUUCACGUCUACUCUUCCGCUGUUGAGCACACCCAGGACUACUGCCCUCCUCCCUGUGAGCUGGCAAAGAUAGUCAAUGCCACCAUCUCUGCAUGUGACCCUCUUGAUGGAAGGACCGAUGGCGUUGUAUCUCGUACCGAUCUUUGCAAGCUUCAGUUUGACUUGAAGAGCGUCAUUGGAGAAUCUUACUAUUGCGCGGAGAAGAACAACACCUCCCUUGGUUUCGGCUUCAACAAGAGAAACAUCAACAAGAGGCAAGCUCAGGGAAGCACCACGAGCUACCAGCCCGCCCAGAACGGGACUGUCACGGAACAGGGUGUCGCUGUCGCCCAAGCCAUCUAUGAUGGUGUGUUCAACUCCCAAGGUCAGCGUGCCUACCUUUCUUGGCAGAUUGCAUCUGAGCUAGGCGAUGCUAGUACCACCUACAACUCCGACACGGGCAAGUGGGAGCUCAGCAUUCCUUCCACCGGUGGCGAGUACGUUACGAAGUUCGUCCAGCUGCUCGACCUUGACAACCUCUCCGAUCUUAACAAUGUCACUUACGACACCUUGGUCGACUGGAUGAACACCGGCAUGCUCCGCUAUCUCGACACCCUUCAAACCACUCUACCCGACUUGACUCCCUUCCAGUCCACUGGUGGAAAGCUCCUUCACUACCAUGGAGAGUCAGACUCCAGCAUUCCCGCCGCCUCUUCGGUUCACUACUGGCAAUCUGUUCGUUCCAUCAUGUACCCCAACGUUACCGACGACAAAGCUCUUGAGGCUCUCCAGGAAUGGUACCAAUUCUAUCUGGUCCCUGGUGCUGGUCACUGCGGUAGCAACAGCCUUCAGCCUGGCCCUUAUCCCCAGAACAACAUGGACAUUAUGAUUGACUGGGUUGAGAACGGCAACAAGCCUAGUCGUCUCAACGCUACCGUCUCGUCUUCUACAAACGUCAACGCUGGUGAGACUCAGUUACUUUGCCAGUGGCCCUCUCGCCCUCUUUGGAGCGGAAACAGCUCCGACUUCGACUGCGUCAAUGAUGAAAAGUCCAUCGAAAGCUGGACGUACACCUUCCCCGCUUUUAAGGUUCCGGUCUAUUAA